AUGAAAUGUCUUUGUGAGAGUUAUGAAUCCUUCCUCCGUCUUGAUGAGCUUAAGCAUGACCGGGGAAUUUGCUUGUCCCUGGCAGUUUUCCCGAACAAUGCUAUUCUCAGGAAAAGGCUUAUUUAUUGGUGGAUGGGGGAAGGGUUGGUCCGGCACGAGGAAGAAGGUGAAAGAGUAUUCCAAGAGCUUUUGGAUUUAGAAUUACUUAUACCCCAUGACAAGUGCCCAAGAUGGCUUGCUACACUGAAGACAUUGGCGGUGCUUCAACUUGGUCACUGGCAGGUUUCUCCUACCCAUCACAUUGCAGUUCGAGAUGAAUCCUUCCUAAAAGGUUUGAAGACCCAGAAACUGCUCAAGUAUCUCAGCCUGCGUGGGAUUUCCAGAAUAACUUCGCUUCCUGACUCCAUUAGAGAACUGGCCAGCCUCGAAAUCCUAAACCUCAAGGCCUGUCACAAUCUAGAAACCUUGCCUGCUGCCAUUGCAUCACUGAAAAAGCUCACACAUUUGGAUGUAUCAGAAUGUUACCUGUUGGAGAGCUUGCCAACGGGUCUCGACAAGCUCACUUCGCUGCAAAUACUCAAGGGAUUCAUAAUACGCAGUUCACAGAAGACUCCCAUCAGAAUAUGGCAUCUUCGAAGCCUGAAGAAUCUCAAGCGAUUGAGUAUACAUAUAGGGAGUGAGGCUACCAUCCAGGGAGAGGAAUUCGAGAAGUUGAAGGAAAGUGCCUGA